AACCUUUUUUAUUUCCAUUUCAGUUUUGUUUCUUGCAUUAGGCGGAGUCAAAAUUGUUAUAAAUUGAUCUAGACUCAAAAUGGUGGGCCAAUGGUGAUAAAAGCGUAAGGUGGAGUGAGACAAAUUUCACAUAUAAAGCUUGAAGAGUAUCAAUGCUGUCGUUUGUCUCUAAUAAUACGAUCAUUGCUGAGUACAAUAUCCUCGUACGCCGAGAAAAACCAUUCUGCCAUUGUUGGAUUACAUUUACCUCGAAUGUUGAGGAACUUAUAAAAAAUGAAGGAUGUAUGAAUGAAUUCAGUGGAUGAUCCUAAAAUAAAAAAAUCAUGAAUGAAAACCAGAACAAUGCGAUUUCUGAGUGUGAAAGCAGUGAAACCAGACUGGUUAAUAAUAAUCCGCAGAUAAAAAAGAAAGGAAUGAAUCUGUUGAAAAAGAGCAAGCAUGAUCUUCUUCGAUUACUCAGUAUAUUAGAAGGAGAAUUAGAAGCUAGAGAUAUCUUUAUAUCUGCCUUACAGGCUCAACUCACCAACCAGCGUAAUGCGAGACAGCAGUAUUUUGUACAUCGACUGACUGAUCCAUUUCUAUCAUUACACAGAGAUGAUUAUGUUGCUGGAAAUUCUACAAAUGAUGAUGAGAAUCGGUAUUAUAAUGAACAGGCCUUUAUCGAGCCAUUACCACUUCUCGAAAAAGUUGUCUAUCAAUUCAAAUCUCAGCAACAGAAAAUGCAUCAACAAAUGUCUCUUGCAAGCAAGAUACAUAGAAAAAUGGCUCAUGAAUUGGCUGAAGAAAAACGUAAACAUGCUGCUGAUACAAAGACAGGCGAUGACGUAACUAUGGCUCUUGAGAAAGAGAGAGAAAGACUCAAUGCCAGUGUUUUAUGUGAAAAAGAGAGAACAAAACGAAUUGAAGGAGAAUAUAGAAAACUGCUCGGUUUAUGCAAAGAAGAGAACACAAAACAUAAAAUGAUUGUUGUAUCGUUAUUGGCUGAACAAGAAAGAUUGCGACAACAAUUAACAGAAUCUAAAGAAUUACAAAUUGAUAUAGAUUCGACAGAAACAGAAUUACAAGCAAGAUUACAUCAGGCUUUGAAAGAGAAACAAGACCUGGCAAUCAAGUUAAAAGAGGAACAAAACCGCUGUAGCAGUUUGAAAUUACAAAUGCGUAUUUUGCAAGAAAAAUCAACUCAGAGAAACUUAAAUCAAACAACGAACUCAGCUAAAACCGCACUUGAACAUGCUACGGAAUUAUACUCCUGCGGUGAUUCAGAGGAGAGUAUGACACCUGAACUACCUAUAAAAAUGUGCAAAGCACAAUCUUUUACAUCAUCUUUGGAUUCUAACACUGAGAGAGAUAUGGAUACAGUAGCGCACUUUUUUGCUAAGCAUCAUCCAAUGAGUGUGGCACAAAAUACACAAGAUGUAACUCUCAUACCAACCAGCAGUCACCCACCCAUUUUACUGGCAGAUGGUGUGGAGGGGGUUACGACAUCAGGGUAUUACAGCGUCAAGCCAGGUUCCACAAUCGCUGGUUUGGAAGCAAUGAGAUCAACUGCACAAAGUAAAGAAAUCCUGAAAAUGGAAUAUUGUAAUAAUAAUAAUGAUACCUCUGAUAAAUCCAAAGAGAUAAAACAAAAUAUAGUGUACACUGAUAUGCUCAGUGAUAAAACUGCCGAAUCUCUAUCCCUUAAUCUGAAACCCCAACCUCCGAGUGUCACUGUCCCACCCAAGCCGAAUCGAUUCGUCCCUGGAUCACCCCAUUAUUCACCUUUUCGUAGUCCACAAACAUUGUUUAAUGAGAAGACCCAUUCGCCUAUGACUUCGUCACCCACGUCCGGAGCUGCAAAUUUUGCAAUGAACUCACCAAAUGCACCCACUCCACCUCAUGGGUCGCCAUUUUCAAUCACUCGGACACCUUCAGUGAAAGGCCCCCAAAAAUUUACGCCUUCUAAAUUAGAUACCCCUGUAAAAUUAUCCGACUGGGCAUUGAAGAAUUCAUCACCGGGAAGGACUCCUAUAAAAUCAUCACCAAAUCCUAAAUUUCAAGCCACAAGAUUGAAGUUUCAACAAAAUAAUGGAACAGCUUUAAAAUCAACAGAUUCUGAAUUAAUUAAGCCAAUGAAAGAAAGUUUAGUGACGGAGAAGAAAAUUCAGACUAAAAAGUUUUCUCCUGUCAAUUAUAAAUCACAUUUUUCACAAAAGGUAUCACCAUCCAGUACUGUUACGCCAUUGUCCACUACAUUACCGAAUGUUUCAACCAUUUCAUCGAAACAAGAAUCAAUGAAUGAAAAUGAGAAAGUAAAACCAUUGCCACCAAAAACAAGGACUUCUUCUGCUCCACCAUCUAUCAAUACUGUAACUUCGGAUCAAGCAAGACCUCCACCUUUACCACCCAAGAAACCAAACCUCAACAGUGAAAAGCCAACCAAACGUAGCACUUCUCUCACAUCAGAAGUAAGAAAUUCAGCAGAAUCAUCAAGUUUUCAAAGGAAGGUAACAGGAAGUGUAAUAAAGAGAAAUACGUCAUCUCAGAAAACCAACUCCACAAAUUCAGAAAAUUGUAAUAAUAAUAGUAUCGGUAAUGGAAAAAGAGUCAAGGCUCCAGUCCCACCUUCUCUACCUGCUAAACUAUCAUCUCAACAACCACAAUUACCAACACCGCCAGCUGGACCAAGACAACCCUUAUCAACCCAACAGCGUGUAUAUCAGUCUUCAAAUGCCGACAGUAAUCCUAUGAUAUCUCCUGCUCCAAAUUCAGCAACAUCGAAAACACAGAAUACAUUUUUUGGUACUUGAUCUCAUUCAGGAAAAGGACAGUUUUUGAAAUUCCGCUAUGUUCAGUAUUCUCUUUAAUGCGCUUUCCGCUUUUACACCAGGGUCAGACAGACCCUCAAAAUUUUUGUAAAAAGUGAUUUUGCUGUUAUUGUAUUUUCGUAAAGGACACCAAAGCGCUUGAUAUGUAGUCCAAAAUUGCCUAAAUUUUUUGCAGUUUUCAAUAUUAUGCCAAUCCUCAUUUUUGAUCAUUGAUCUAACAUUUGAACAAUGCAUCCCUUUCCAGUAUAUAAACAAAAGUUUGUUGAAAAUAAUGAUUCUGAAAGUUCUGAAUAUGUUCAUCCAUUUCGUCUUGUCAUUAGUACGUAUUGUUGUAAUUAUCUAGCAAAACCCUUUUCCCAAGUCUUUUCAGAGAUCUUCAUGAAUAAUGUUAUUAGCCCAGAACCCAGAUUUCGAAGCUAACUAGUGAAACAAACCGGAGAAAGAUUCCAAAAUCAGAUAGUGUUUCUGUUGUUGCCAUACACGACAAGGCUCAUAAAUCGAGCAUGAUGUCAAUUAAACAAGAUUUUCUAACUGCGAAAAAUUAAACAUUGACUGGAAUUCCAUUCUAAUUACUGUAAUAUUGCAGUAAAGUAAAGUUGCCUUAGACUAAAAAAUUGAAAAAGAAAAAAAAAUUCAGAAAAAGGAAACAAAAAAUAUCAUGAAAUUGAAAUUUUAGUUGGCAAUUUUUUCUGUGGCAGCUUUUAAUCCUAUGAAAAAGAUAUAUUUCUACUCCAAAGAUAUGAAAUACAUUUGCACAUAUGUUAUUAUCAUUAUCGGCCUAAUCCCUGUCAUUACGCAGUCAUUUCUCAUAGUACAUUUUCAUUCAUAUAUUCUGCUUGUGCUAGUCUUUUCGUGUUCCUAUUACGUCUGCUUCAGUGCUGCUCAUCGCAAUUGACACCUGCCAGUUUUGUACAGAUAUACUUUCGUACCAAAUUUAAAUGAAUUCAUUUUUAGUCAAAGAUUUGCCAUUUCAUUUUGCAUCAUAUAAAACUGAUGAUUGGAACAGCAUGUUCAAAGCAUUGUCGAAAAGUGCUUGUCUGAUACGUAUAUCUUCGGUCAGAUGAAACAUUACAAAAUAGAAUGUUUGAAUAUCUGAUGGAAAAACCAAUCAUUUUUUUUAAUUUGAGUAAAAUUAUUGAUGAUAUUGGGAAUAAAAAUGCUUUAUUUUGCAAAUAUUGGUCCGGAGUGGUACUCCAUUUAGUGAUUCACGCUUUUGAAUCAACCAAUAUCCUUUUCUUGCAAAUCUUGUCUUAUAAAGCUGCAGUUAAUCAUGCAAAAGUCGCUUCAUAAUAUUUUCUCAUGCUUUUUCCAUAUUAUAGCAAUCAUGUAAUUCCAUGCAAUUUAUCCAUAACUAGCUUACUUAAUGUAAAUUUUCUCAAAAUUCACUUUUGGAUUGUAUAAUUUCUUAUUUUUACCAUUUGGCUACUCUACAUGCUAAUGGUUUUGAAGAAUUGUUGUUGCAAGUUUUGUUUUGCAUUGGAAACAUUUUGUAUAAACUUCAACUUAGAACUUAAGAAAAAGUUAUGUGAAUAUUUAACUUAGCAUGUCCUUGGUGUUCAUAUUAUCAUAUUUAAACAUCAUUUACCAUGGCCAUAGAGGCUUUCAUAAAUAGCAACCAUGUAUGUUCUGUUUUAUUCUCGUCAGUGACGAUGUCUGUAUAUUUUGUGGAUCAUAAUUAUAUUUUUCUGUAUUUUGAAUGGUUUUUAUAUUGUUAUAUAUAUAUUUGUAAUUAUGAUAUGUUGUCAGCAACCUAAUACCGAAUGAACAAUGAACUUGUGUUUCUGAAUUGUAUUGUUUUGCCUUAAUUUUCAUAGAGUGUCCCUGUUAAAUAAACCAUACGUCAGGGUUGUGGGCUCGGGAGAAAAUCAUUCAACUCCGAAGUUUGACUUCAACUUUGGGUUGUGAAAAAAUCUGGCUUCAGCUUCAAAGUGAACCAAAUUUUCCUUAUUUAUAUGCCAUCCUGUAAUAUACUUUAAAAAACGUUUAGUACUCGGUAAAGUAAAAAUACUAUAGUGAAAACAAGUCAAAACAGCUCGGCCAUAGAUUGUGUCUUAUCACCAAAGACAGUAAUUUGUUGUGAAACGUAUAUAUAUAUGGUCGAAGGAUGAUAAUUUUGAAUGAAAAUCUGUUCGACAUAUAGACCUGAAUAAUGAAAAAAAAUUGACUUGGCAUAGCAUACUUAUCAUGUUUACCAACAUUUGAAUUUUUUGGGAGUUUGGAACUGGAGAACUUUGAUCAACCUUCGUUUCGAAUUGUAAAUUUUUCCAGAUACCACAGCCCUGCUAAAAAUUGCAUUGUUUACGAAUGUGUUUCACAUCACCACCGACUUAUUUGGAAAAAUAUCACAUCUGAUUUAUUGGGAACAAGAGUAAGCGAUUAUUUAAUUCUUUUGCACUGAAUGACAAAUGCAAUUUUACCAAUGAACUGUUUGUUAUUUGUAGUAUUUGAUUGAUUUUUUAAGCUUUAACUUUGUUGUCUGGACGGUUAUUUUUACCUCAUUCCAUGACAUGCUGUGUUGUAAACUGCCAAUGCUUUUUCAUAUAAGUGGCAAAAUAGUAGCAAACUGAUCAAAAGUGUCUGAUGUGUGAUGAAUUGGGGUCAGCAUG